AUGGUUGUAUUCAAUAAACUAGCUGUGGCCUGCGUGCUGAUCAACUCCCUCGCCGCAGCUGCUCCGACGAGCACGCCCGACUCCCAUGCCGAAACAGUCGCGUGCAUGGGUCUUGGCUGCACAAACCCCGAGCAACGACACCCAUAUGUCGGCGGCAUUACGCACAUGGAGGGGAGUAAUGUGUUCCCUCUUAGUGAUGAGAAAGUGGACGAGUUGGCGAAGAGAGGGGUCCCUGAAGUUGUGGCGCCUGAUGCGCCGAAGACACUGGUGAAGAAUAGCAUCGUCAAAAAGCCACUGGAGCAGCUCUUUGUCGCAGAGAGCGAGGGCCCUGAUCAAGGCAAGAGAGACAGGCAGAAGCAGCUUGAGCAGCUUGGGCAGCUUGAGCAGCCUUGGGGAGAAGAGAGCCAGAGCCUCGAGCACGGCAAGAGAGCCCUACAGAAACAGCUGGAGCAGGAUGUUGAGGAAGAGAAGGACGGGGCGACCGCGCUGACCUCCAACUCGCCUCUCCACCGCUUCCGCACCUACGAUAUGGGCGAAUCAACCCAACCUGGCACGACUGCAGGCAAUCCGCUCUUGGAGGCAGAGGAUAGACUGGUUAAUGGUCUCAAACAUGCUGUGGCGGGAUGGGCCAGAGAGCACGGGAGGCAUUAA